ACUAAAAAUUCACAUUAAUUAUACAUAUCUCUACUGCGAGGUCGAGGUAAUUGACGACAUGUUCUAAAUCUGCAGACGUCCCCUUAUUGCGCCAUAUAUGUACAUACAUAAGUGCAUCGUGAUAUGAUAUCUGAAACAGUUUGCUGAGCUCAACAUAUUUACAUACGUAUUUAUUUCUUGAUGUUAGCACUUUUACCUGACAAGCAGUUGUACCCGUCACUUAACGAUGUUCGCAUUGACAAAAGUUCCAGCAAUUGUGUUCUACAUCUGGUUCAUAAUAAACCUCACUACCAUCAAAUGUUGGCUGCUCCAUCAAGCUGGACUAAAUGGUUCAAGAUACAAUGUGCGCCAUUUAUCGACACACUUCUCGCGCGUGUUUCUUUGUUUAAGUAUUGAGCAAAAAAACUUCCCUACACUAAUUGAAGCACGAUGGCCGGUGUCCUACUUACCUAUGCGAACUGUUGUCUUUCCCAAUAGGGAAAUGCAUGCGAAUGGUGUGCACUCUGAUUGCAAACGUAUGCACCAGGCGCUCUGGUCUCAAGUGGACAGUCUAAGUCGCCUAUGGGUCAUGGAUGCAGGUGACGUUUCUAAUGCGUCUUGUGCGCCAAAGUUGUUGGUUUUCGAUCUUAUACGCGAAAAUGCAGACGUUUUGCGUAUUGAUUGUGGACAGUACAUUAGCACCAACGAAACGCAGUCUUUAGUUAUUAAAAUGGGUCCAAAGCCAAACUCAUGUGAGCUUGAGCGUCACAUAUAUUUUAUACUCGGUAACGACCCUUACAUUUUAUCCUACGAUAUUUUUAAUCAAACAUGGUAUCGGCAUCAAUUAUUAAGCGCUAAAUAUGAUACCGUGAUGCAACCAUUUCCAAUAACCCCGGUCGAUUUUACUUUUGGUCCACAAGACGAACUGUAUGUUUCAGAUAAGGAUGGCGUGCUGUUUAGUUCGGUUAGUGCAUUGAAAACGGAAGGAACGCAAGUUUUAAAAACAAUACGUUUGACACGCAUAGGUAAUUUCUUAGGUCCCAGCCGGAGUAUGAUAAUGGACUUGGGAUCUUUGUUUUAUAUAGUUCCAAAAUUUGGUGCCGUCGUGCGUUGCGAACAAGGAAAUCUCUUUAAUUUGUCUACUGAGGGUAACGAAAUUAUCUAUUUGACAUCAAAGAAUAUUCAGCAGAUAUUUUUUGGUGCAGAAGGCCUGGUCUGGGUGCUAAGUGACCGAGUGUUGAAACCAACGGACAUAUGUUAUCCCUAGUUAUUGUAAAGAAAAAAUUUGUAAAUAUACAUUUUCCCCAUUAAAGUAAAUUUUAUACGUUGUCAAAGAAAAUGUGAAUAAUAAAAUAAUAUUCUAUUCGUA